UAGAAGAUAGAGGCUCUUCGGAUAUCCGUCGAACUUUGAUUCCCUGCUACGCACCGUAUCCGAGCGAUGGACAGGCCUACCGAAUCUACAUUACCCCUCCACUCUAAGGAGGAAGAAAAACAGCCAGAUGCAGGGAAGCCUGAGCAGGCAGAGGGAGAGGCAGCGGGGCCUAGCAAGAAUGCUCUGAAAAAGGCCGCAAAGGAGAAAGCAAAGGCGGAAAAGGCUGCUCAACGUGCGGCGCAGCAGCAAGCCGCUGCCCAGGCCACCCAAGCGGAAGACACGGCGAAGCACUUAUACGGUAAAAUGCCAGAUUCUGCAGAAGUAGAAGAUGUCAUGAACCUCAUGAAGUUAUCGGAUGACCAUUAUGACAAGGAGGUCACCAUUAUUGCGCGUGUAGACAAUGCUCGCGUGCAGAGCGCCAAACUUGCAUUCCUCAUGCUCCGACAGCAAGGGAAGAAGAUACAGGCCGUUAUAAGCCUCAAGGAGCCAUUGUCCAGACAGAUGAUCAAGUGGACUGGCCAAUUGAAUGUCAAUUCAAUCGUUCAAGUAUCCGGAAUUGUCAAGAAACCAGAAAUCCCUGUUCACUCCGCCUCGCUACCAAACAUGGAACUCCAUAUCACCAAAGUAUACAUGAUAUCUGAGGCAAUUCCAAUGCUUCCUAUGCAAGUCAAGGAUGCAGAGAGACCCCCACCAGAAUCUACCGAAGAAGGGCUAGUCGAUACCGAUGGAACUCUCUGUCAGUUUGAAACUCGUCUUGAUAACCGAAUUCUUGACCUUCAAACGGAAACAAGUCAGGCCAUUAUGGCAAUUUCAAGCGGUGUAGCACAGCUAUUCUCAGAGUAUAUGUUGAAAAGCGGCUCAAGAUGGAUAUUCACCUCUAAAAUCACAGGAGCAGCCACCGAGGGAGGCAGUGGUGUUUUCGAGAUUUCCUACUUCAAACGAAAGGCAUACCUGUCCCAAAGCCCUCAAUUGGGAAAGCAGAUGUGUAUUGCUGGUGACAUGAUGAGCGUAUUCGAGAUCGGACCUGUAUUCAGGGCUGAAGAUAGUAACACCCAUCGUCAUUUGACUGAAUUCAUUGGUCUCGAUUUUGAAAGGACUUUCCAGAAACAUUACCAUGAAGUUUUGGAUUUCGCUGAAAAUCUACUUGUUUUCAUCCUGUCCGAGUUAAAAAUUCGUUUCAAGGACGAGAUUGCUGUUGUUCAAAAGUCUUAUCCCAAGGCCGGGGAAUUCAAACUGCCAAAGGAUGGGAAAGCCCUAAGGCUGAAGUAUAUGGAGGCUUUGGGUUUCCUAAAAGAGGCUGGCGUGGACGUCUCUGAACAGGAGAGGUUCGAGAAUGACUUUACCACUGCCAUGGAGAAGCAGCUUGGAAGAAUUAUCCGAGAGAAGUACGAUACCGACUUCUAUGUUGUCGACAAGUUUCCAAGUGCUGUUCGUCCUUUCUAUACAAAAUCGUGCCCGGAUGACCCCACCUUCUCGAACUCUUAUGACUUUUUCAUGAGAGGCGAGGAGAUCAUGUCGGGAGCACAACGAAUCAAUGACGCCAAGGAGUUGGAAGAAGCUAUGGUGGCAAGAGGAGUCGAGCCCAACCAGGAAGGAUUUGAGGAUUAUAUCAACGCAUUCAGACAAGGCUGUUCUCCUCACGCUGGCGGUGGAUUGGGAUUGAACCGUAUUGUCCAAUUUUUCUUAGGUCUGCCCAACAUUCGAUUGGCGACCUUGUUCCCCCGAGAUCCCCAGAGAUUGCGACCUUAG